UCUUGGCGAUGCUAAAGUGCAGAGGUCAAAGUUGAACCGCAGUCAUGGCUGAGCUGGAUAUUGGACUGCACUGUCGGAUCGAGACCUGCAAUCAGAAAGAUUUCCUGCCCUUUGUUUGUGAUGGCUGUUCUGGAGUCUUCUGCCUUGAACACAGAAGCCGAGAGUCACACUGCUGUUCUGAGCUAGCACUCAGAAAGGAGCCGGUGAAGUCUGGGAUCAGCUUGUCUUACCCAUGCACCUUCCAGGACUGCGACAAGAAGGAGCUCCUGCCAGUAGUUUGCCCGCAUUGCCAGAAACACUUUUGUCUGGCCCAUCGACAUCAAGAUGACCAUGAGUGUGAGAAACUGGAGCCUCUAAAACCACGAAUGGCUGCCACUCAGCAACUUGUCAAGGAAAUAGUAGAGUCUAAGAAAGGGGCUCCAGCCAGCAAAGGAAGAAGAGGAGCGAAAAACAGUGCAACAGCAGCAAAAGUUGCCUUGAUGAAGCUAAAGCUACACGCAGCUGGGGACAAGUCAUUACCGCAGAGUGAAAGGACAUAUUUCCAGGUGUACCUGCCUCAGGGAGUCAAGGACAGGAGUCUGCCCAUGUUCUUCUCUUCUGCGUGGACUGUGGGGAAGGUGGUGGACGUUGCAGCAUCACUGGCUAAUCUGAAGAACAACAACAACAUUCUGACGGCCAAGAAGCUGAGGCUGUGCCACCCACUUUCUGGAGAAGCACUAAAAAUGGACCAGACCCUGGACUCCUGGCUUUCACACCCAGACUGUCCACUUUAUAAUGGAGGAGACAUAAUCCUAGAAUACCUUAACAAUGACUGUGCGGGUCUGGACAACGUGACAUCUUACCUCUCACAGCCUCAAUAAACAUCUGCGCCUGAGAAACUCCCUUUGCCAUUUGGGUUUUGACCCCAAGACAUGCUAAAUAAUAAACAUUUGAUUUAUUAAA